AUGUGUAUAGAUUACCGUCCCUUAAACAAGUUUACCAUAACCGACAAAUAUCCACUUCCGAAGCUUUUUGAACUUAUUCGUUCCCUUAAGGAUUCAAAGUUUUUUGUGGCUUUAGAUUUACGCAGUGGAUACUGGCAAAUACCGAUGGCGGAUAGUUCUAUCCAAUACACCGCGUUUCGCACUUCUACUGGUCCAUAUGAAUUUAAGGUCAUGCCUUUCGGGUUAACAAACGCGCCAGCCACAUUUCAACGAAGCAUGAAUUUCUUACUAGAUGAUUUACGUUAUUCAGGAGUUCUGGUUUAUUUGGAUGAUAUACUGAUUCAUGCCCCAACUUUGCAGGAAUUGCUCCAAUUAGUUGAUGAAGUUUUCGAGAGGCUGUUGAGAGCUGGUUAUACCAUCAAUUUGGAAAAAUGUCAAUUCCUGCCAACUACGCUGUUGUACCUGGGUCACAUAAUCGAGGAAGGAACUAUCCGUCCUAAUCCCAAGAAGAUUGAAGCAAUUCAACGCCUUCAAGCCCCAACCACGACACAAGGAGUUCGUUCCCUCCUUGGCAUGACCGGAUUCUUACAAGCUUUUAUUCCGGACUACUCUGAAAUAGCGUCACCAAUUACCGAUCUAUUAAAAGGUACACCUAAUAGAAAGAAGAAGAUAGUCACGAUCAAAUGGACGUCACGAUGUGAAGAUGCGUUGGACAGACUUAAAGAACUUGUAGUCGAUGCUGUUUUAGCACAACCGUUGGACGCCGAUAAAUACACAACCGUUGGAUACGGUAUCGGAAGGGGUCUGAAAAUUAUACAGCGGAUUACCUCUCUCGCCACGUAUAUGACCCGGAUCCGGUACAAGAUUUCAUGUGUUAUAAGAUCGAACUCGCCCAAGAAAACGAAUUACAGGUGA